GGAAUAUAGUGUUCACAAAGAACAUGAAACCUGAAGAACUUCCUCAAGGAUCAAUGUGCUUUUGAGUGAAAUUAUUUGACUCCUUGGUGCUGCAGGGUCCAGCUAAAAAUCAAUACAGGAAGUUUUCCAACCCCAUUGUUGCCAGAAAUAUUUUCCAGGACAUAUGUGUGUGUUACAUCUGAAGCUAAUGGUAACCUUAAUGCACACCGCAAUUCCACAAAUAGACCCGUCCAGCUUUGACGUGUUUGCAUGUGGGAAAGAGAUCAACACUUCCUGGCACACGGAGGCCCUACAUCGGAUAAUCGCAACGCUGGCCAGCAAAAAUGAGGAACUCCAUAGUUUCAUUGAUACACUGAGCCACUCACUAAGAGGCGUGCAGGAAAAUUCUUCGAAAGUUAUAUUGGACCUGGAUGAGGAAUUUGAUAGUCUUUAUUCUGUCCUGGACGAGAUGAAAGCGGGCAUGACAAACACAAUAAAACUGGAGCAGGCCCGAAAAAUGCAGGAACUCCAGAACCAACACAGCCAGAGCAUCAGCGCCUUGGAAAGCUCAGAAGAGUUACUGGAGUUUGCCAACAAUGCAUUGGACAUCAAAGACCCUGAGGGAUUCACAAAGGCUGCGAAACAGAUCAAGGAUAGGGUGACAAUGGCUCCAGCGUUUCGCUUGACGAUGAAGCCCAAGGCCACUGACUGCAUGACUCAUCUGAUGGUCGAUUUCUCUCAGGAAAGGCAAAUGAUUCAGUCCCUCAAGUUCUUGCCAGUUCCAAGUGCUCCAGAAGUAGACAUUUCAGACUGUCUGGUUGCUGACAACUCGGUAACAGUAGCGUGGAGAAUGCCAGAGGACUCUAAGAUUGAAUACUACAUACUGGAAUACAGGAAGACCAACCAUGAUGGGCUUCCCAGGGUAAAAGAUGAGCGCUGCUGGGAAGUUGUUGAUAACAUCAAGGCCACUGAAUAUUCAUUGACAGACUUAAAGUUUGACUCCAAAUACAUGAACUUCAGAGUGAGAGCUUGUAACAAAGCAGCUGCAGGGGACUACUCCAAUCCAAUUACACUCGAAACUAGAGCCUUUAACUUUAGUUUAGAUUCAACGUCGUCACACCAGAACUUGAAAGUAGAAGAUGGCUGUGUGGAGUGGGAUUCUGCGGGGGGCAAAGGGCAAGAGAGCAAAAUCAAGGGCAAGGAGAACAAGGGCAGCGGCCAUGUUACCAUUCUGAAGAACACUUCAAGUGGAACUCCAUCUCCCAAACGGACAUCUGUCUCCUCAAGGCCACCAUCAGUGAGAGGAAGCAGAGACCGUUUUACAGGGGAAUCCUACACAGUACUGGGUGACACAUGCAUUGACAAUGGGCAGCAUUACUGGGAAGUGAAGGCCCAAAAGGACUGCAAAUCCUAUAGCCUGGGUGUGGCCUUCAGAAACCUGGGGAAAUUUGACCAGCUGGGCAAGACAAACACAAGCUGGUGCAUCCACGUCAAUAACUGGCUGCAGGCCACCUUCGCAGCCAAACACAACAACAAAGCCAAGACCCUGGAUAUGCCAGUCCCUGACAGGAUAGGUGUCUACUGUGAUUUUGAUGGAGGUCAGCUCUUAUUUUACAAUGCAGACACCAAACAGUUGCUGCACACAUUCAAAACAAAGUUCACCCAGCCAAUUCUUCCAGCUUUCAUGGUCUGGUGUGGAGGGCUGACAUUGUUUACAGGACUCCAGGUCCCCAGUGCAGUGAAAUGCUUCCAGAAAACAGAGAACGGCUUGAGUGGCUCAGCCAACAGUCUCAACAGUGUUGUACAUUAGCUACCAGCAAGAGGAUUCUUCCUUUCUUUAUGCACGGUGCGGUUUCUAUCGGCAGGAAAGCAAACCUGAAACCUGGAUUGACACAAGGAGCGGUCAGACUGCUGCUGUAAAGGCCUGGUUGCCUUAGCUGUUUAAAUACUGAAUUCCCUUGAGUAAUAAGAGUUUGUUUACUUCCCCUUGGAAUUUUAUUGAGAUGCUAGAGACUUAGUCAGGGAAUAAUAGCUGGAUGAAAGAUUUGUGUGAUUUUUUUUUUUUUACAUUUUUUGUCUUGUACUUCCUUUUCGGUUUCAGAUCAAUUCUCACCCGAAUGAAUUGCUUCAAACGACUUUACAUAAGUUCUGUUGCUCCAAUAUUGAUUUUUAACUUAUUUUAAAUCUGCUGUUGAAUGCUUUAGUGCCUUCUGUUUGUCACGUGAUACUCAAACGUUUUCGCUUUGUUGGCUCUACCUACACUAUAUUCUACAUUGAACAAUAUAGUUUAAAGGUCAAAGCAUUGCAUGCAUUUCCUGGAAUGAGGAAUAUCAGGCAGUGUCUGGGCCGUUAUCAAUCCUCAGCUUUAAGGGAAUUCAAUAAAAAUCAAUAUUGAAGCUACAGAACUCAUAAGUAAAGAUUAGAAAGCACAUUCAAAGGAAUUUAAGAUUUCAUUCCUUGCAUAUUAAUGAUAUCGUGCAUUUAUGGAAUUUAUAGUUUAAUGCAGUUAGGUGAUGGUGGCCAGUCAAUGUUGGCAGCAGUCAAAAAUUGAACAAUUCUAGUGAUAUUUUUUUAUAAGUGAGUGUGUCUGUGUGUGUGUGUGUGUGCGCUCGUGAGUGUGGCUUGGCUUCUUGCCUGGACACAUGCUUAAAACUACUUCAGUACAUUUUAUGCACUCCUUUAUCCUGAUGCUUUUGAAAUACCUCUGCCUCAUUUUUGCUGGUAGGAAGACUGAAAGGAAUGACGGUUCAGCUUAUACUGAUGCUCCUCUGUGGCUUACCUUGGCACGCCAUACCUCAAGUUCUGAUGGUCCUUUUACCAGGUCCCCUCGAGUUACUCGCCCUCCACUUAAACAUAAUCUGCAGUGUAAACUUGCUGCUUUAUCAUUUUACAAAAUCAUCCCCCUGUGCUAACGGUUUGUUAGACUAGCAUACAGUACUUUACAAAAUUUCUGACAGUGGUAUUCCCACACACAGAUAUGGUAAAGACAACACUACUAAUUCAAGCUCCUUGUGCACAGUUGUGCUGAAUACUAGUUGUUGGAGUUUUUGUUAAUGCUGGCUCAUCACAAUGUGGUGGUAGUCUCUUCAGCUGACUUGCAUCUCAUUCAAGGGGGGUCUUAAACUCAGUCGUAUCACGUCUUUCCCCUGACAAAGCUUUGCAUACAGCUUCUAUAUAAACCAUUUCUCUUCAAGAUAUGUUGUUAGUCACGGGAUAGACCUUGGAAGAAGCAUACCCAUCAGCCUAUAAAUUCAGGGAUGAUUCUAAGACAUGCUUUAGAACUCUUGUCCGUUUGUGUUCUGAGCUGAUGGUGAUGUGAUCACACAGACCCCAGUGGCAAAUGGCAUUUAGUCCUUAUUGGGUAAUGGAGAAAUGUGACGUGGCACUCUGAUGUCAGCUGCUCUUUGCUGACUUAGGAACAAGGCCAAGCAGGGAAGAGCUGCUGUAUUAAGUCAGACCUGGCCGUAUCUGCCCCCUGGUGUUUAUUCAGAAGAACUACUUGGAAGAGAAGACCAAAACAUUAUUGGGGGACAGGACAAAACAUAUCUUUUCAAGAUAGUAAAUCAGAAGAUGAAUUGAGAUAUUGCCUAUAUCUUAAUCCAUGUAGGUUUACAAAGUCAAACUACAAAGAUUGGACAGAACAAUGAUUUACAUAAAGAAUGUACAGAGGAAUUGACCAGGACUGUAAGAGAAAAUAAACAAAACAAAAACCUUCAUGUGUUUAAUCGCCAGUUGUUUAAUAUACAUGUAUUGAUCUUGUAUUCAGUAGUGAUUUGCAUUUAUUCAUAGCUUGCCUUUCUUUUAAGCUAUUUUCCCUUUGAAUCGGCUACGUCAAUAACACCCAAUUCAACUGUUCAGCGGUUGCAUAGUAAGAUAGACACCCGGAGCUUGAUUUGCAAGCUGUGUAGAGCCAACCAAAGUAUAUAUCAAUAUCUUAAUUGACACAGGCUCUGAACAGGUUUUGUUUUAUUUAUUUCUAAUGUGUGUUUUAAUUUGAGUAGUUCAAAAUGAAUACUGUAUUUAAAUCCUGGUUUAAGUAAUAAACUGGGCAGUUUGAACUCUGUAUGCAUUUUAUUUACAGGGGUGUGUUGAAUUGAAGUAGGAAUGAAAGGGUUAAAGGUGUAAUAACCAAAGUAAAAAAUAAUAAUAAUAAUAAUAAUUUCUUACCUCAAACAGCAUUCUCACAAGCCCUUUUUUUGACAGUUCUUUAUUUUCAGAUACUUUUAUUUUUAAUGUGUUUUCAGGUGAAACAUUAAUUAGACAGCAAUGCUAUGUGUGGAAGUACUUGCAUUCCUUUCCCCAUUCACUUCCUGUGUUACAGGUAAUAGCACCCCACCUGACCCCAUAAGUGUCCUUUGGGCAGCAUGGAAUGAAAAUGUAGGCCUUAGAUGGGGUCGCAUUACUGGUACGGGACAUGAUGAGAAUGGUUGGACAUCUUUUGCUUUAAAAUGUGUCUCAUUAUCCUGAACUAUCCAAACUGUAAUUACUGUGAUUAUUUGUUUGAUCCCACCCCCCCUUUGAUUUAAAAUGUAUAUUUCUAACACAGGGUGCUGCUGUACAAGAGCUUUUAUGUCAAGUGAAGAAGAAUAGCAAUCGAGUGAGUCGAAAUGUUUUAAAGGAUAAACCCUGUACAAAGAUCUUUUAAAUAAAAAAUAAAGCUCAUAAUUUGA